AUGGAUAGUCUCGAGGCGAACUUCCCGCAGUGGUUCCCUAAGACUCCGUCUUUGCAGGAGAUCGUUCCCCUUUUCAGGCGGUAUGGCCACCGUGGUUUCGCCAACGAUGAGGUGAUCAACCCCGGAAAUCAGAUGCAGUGCGAGCAAACGUACCUGGAUGGACUGUUGCUCGAGCAAAUGCUUACCAUCGACGACGCAGAGGAGCCCAUCGACCCUGAGGCUGCGCCGGUUCUGCUUGAGGUCUGUGACAGUCUCAACGAGCUCAAGGAGGAGGUUCAGCGCCUCAAGUCGCAUCCAGAGCUCUUCAGCGAUGAUCUUACGCGCAAGGAAUUCCUUCAGAAGUCAAGCGACCUGUCGAAGCAGACUACCAGAGUACUCGACGGACAUAUGGACGAUGUCUUUGAGAUCGUAAGACUCACAUCAGCGACAGCGCCAAGAAGCGCUUCUGCGAAGACAGCAGUCACGGUGGCUAAGCGUGAGCCAUGGAUGACCUGGUGCGGUUUGAUUGGCACACCAAAUCCCGAGACUUAUCCUGUUCUCAAGGACUUCAUGGCCGCACACCCUGAAAUGAUCCUGGUCGGGAUGCAGCUCAUUCCGCACAUGGGUGUACUGAUCGCCGAGCAUUGGAGACGUCAGGUUGAGGGCAUCGUGACCGACAUUGCUCAGAACUAUCCCGAAAUCGACGAGCAGUUCCCCAAGGUGGAGAGAAUGUUGUCCGGAACCACGGUCACGAGCGAGAACAAGAUGGCUCUUCUGAAGUUCACCGUUCCUCAACCGAGCGCUCUGAAAUCAGGGCACAUCUUCGCAUUUGGGCCUCAGGAUAGAGUCGCAAAGCUUGCCCGACUACUGGCAGUCCAGCAGCCCAAUCCCAGCAUCACGAACUUGGGCUUCCCUCGUGCGGUGAUGAUGGGAAUCUUCGUGAAUCGCGAGGAGGCCAAGAACUACCCACAUCUGACCAAGCAGUCACUGCAGAUGCAGAAAUGA